GCGGGUGACGGUGCGGACGGGUCAGGAGCGUAGAGGCGGCGGCAAAAUGGCGGCGCCUGAGGAGCAGGAUCUAACUCAGGAGCAGACCGAGAAGCUGCUGCAGUUUCAGGAUCUGACUGGCAUAGAAUCCAUGGAGCAGUGUCGCCUUGCCUUGGAGCAGCAUAACUGGAACAUGGAGGCUGCAGUCCAGGACAGACUGAAUGAGCAAGAGGGUGUACCGAGUGUUUUCAAUCCACCUCCAUCCCGACCCCUACAGGUUAAUACAGCUGAUCACAGGAUCUACAGCUAUGUUGUCUCAAGACCACAACCAAGGGGCCUGCUUGGAUGGGGUUACUACUUGAUAAUGCUUCCAUUCCGGUUUACCUAUUACACGAUACUUGAUAUAUUUAGGUUUGCUCUUCGUUUUAUACGGCCUGACCCUCGCAGCCGGGUCACUGACCCUGUUGGCGACAUUGUUUCAUUUAUGCACUCUUUUGAAGAGAAAUAUGGGAGGGCACACCCUGUCUUCUACCAGGGAACGUACAGCCAGGCACUUAAUGAUGCCAAGCGGGAACUUCGAUUUCUUCUGGUUUAUCUUCAUGGAGAUGACCACCAGGACUCUGAUGAGUUCUGUCGCAAUACUCUCUGUGCACCUGAAGUUGUCUCACUAAUAAACAGCAGAAUGCUUUUUUGGGCUUGUUCUACCAACAAACCCGAGGGGUACAGGGUCUCGCAGGCCUUACGAGAGAACACCUAUCCAUUUCUGGCUAUGAUUAUGUUGAAGGAUCGCCGCAUGACUGUGGUGGGACGGCUAGAAGGCCUCAUCCAACCUGACGACCUCAUCAACCAGCUGACAUUUAUUAUGGAUGCAAACCAGACUUACCUGGUGUCAGAACGCCUAGAAAGGGAAGAAAGGAACCAGACCCAAGUGCUGAGACAGCAGCAGGAUGAAGCCUACCUGGCUUCGCUCAGGGCAGACCAGGAGAAAGAGAGGAAGAAAAGAGAGGAGCGGGAACAGAAACGCCGGAAGGAGGAGGAGGUGCAGCAGCAGAAGCUGGCAGAGGAAAGAAGGCGGCAGAACCUACAGGAGGAAAAGGAAAGGAAGUUGGAAUGCCUGCCCCCGGAGCCAUCCCCCGACGACCCUGAAAGUGUCAAGAUAAUUUUCAAGUUACCCAAUGAUUCCCGAGUAGAGCGGCGGUUCCAUCCCUCCCAGUCUCUGACAGUCAUCCAUGACUUCUUAUUCUCCUUGAAGGAAAGCCCAGAAAAGUUUCAGAUUGAAGCCAAUUUUCCAAGGCGGGUACUGCCCUGUGUCCCUUCAGAGGAAUGGCCCAACCCCCCCACUCUGCAGGAGGCGGGACUCGGCCACACAGAAGUUCUCUUUGUUCAGGACCUGACAGACGAAUGACAGUUUUCUGCCUCCUCCCUCCCACCCCAAUCCCUAAAAGAAAUGGAAAAACAAAAACAGAGAACAAGAGAGAAAUU